AUGUCUACAGAAAUACCAUUAAACCCAAUUCUUAUCGUUGGUGGUGGAUUAGCAGGUCUUUCCGCUGCUCACCAAGCUUAUAUUCGAGGUGCUAAUAUUGUUUUAUUAGAUAAGGAAAGUUUUCUUAGUGGAAAUAGUGGUAAAGCUACUUCGGGAAUUAAUGGAGCUUUAACUAGAACUCAAGUUGAUUUGAAAAUUCCUGAUUCAGUUGAGCAAUUUUAUCAAGAUACUUUAGCAAGUGCUAAAGAUCGAGCACAUCCUGAUUUAAUCAAAGUAUUAACUUAUAAUUCUGCUGAUGCUGUCCAUUGGUUACAAGAAGUUUUUGGCUUAGAUUUAACUGUUGUUUCAAGAUUAGGUGGGCAUUCUCAACCAAGAACACAUCGUGGUCAUGAUGCUAAAUUUCCUGGUAUGGCUAUUACUUAUAGAUUAUUGGAAACAUUGGAAAAUUUGGCAGAAAAUGAACCUGAUCGUGUGGUUAUUCUUAAAAAUUGUCAAGUUAUUGAUUUGAUAUUGGAUGGUACGAAUAAGGAUAAAGUUCUUGGAGUUAAGUAUAAGAAUUUAAAAGAUAAAUCCAAACAUGAAUUACAUGGACCUGUAAUCAUGUCAACUGGUGGAUAUGCUGCUGAUUUUACCAAGAAUAGUUUGAUUAGAAAAUAUCGUCCAGAUAUUAUUGAUUUACCUUCAACUAAUGGUAGUCAUGCUACUGGUGAUGGACAAAAAAUUGUUCAAAAAAAUCAUGGCCAAGUUUUAGAUAUGGAAAAGAUUCAAGUUCAUCCAACUGGUCUUAUUAGUUAUAAAGAUAAAGAUGUCAUUGAGAGAAAAAAAACUCCAAGAUUUUUAUUUUUAGGAGCUGAAGCUUUAAGAGGUGAAGGGGGUAUUAUUUUCAAUUCUAAGGGUGAAAGAUUUGUUGAUGAAUUGGGAACAAGAGAUUGGGUUUCAGGAGAAAUUGAUAAACAAAUCAAGCAAGGUAAUUUCCCUAUUAGAUUGGUGUUGAGUGAAAAAGCAGGUGAGAAUUUGAAAUUCCACGUAAAGCAUUAUAAUCAAAGAGGAUUGAUGAGAACUAUUUCUGGUAAAGAGCUCAUUGAUGAAAUGGGAUGUAGUGCUGAGGAUAUGAAAAAACAACUUGACACUUAUAACAAAGCUGCCAAGGGAGAAAUCAAAGAUCCAUAUGGUAAAAAAUAUUUUCCAGCUACCCCGUUUGAAUAUGCAGCAGAUUCAAAGUAUCAUGUUUCAUUUAUUACUCCAGUUCUUCACUUCACCAUGGGUGGUGUCAAGAUUAACGAUAAAAGUCAAGUUAUUGCAGAGGAUGAUAAACCAUUUGAAGGAUUGUAUGCUGCAGGUGAAGUUGCUGGUGGUGUUCAUGGACAUAACCGUUUAGGUGGAUCAUCUUUGUUAGCUUGUGUUGUUUAUGGUAGAUUGGCAGCAGAUCAAGCAUGUAGUUAUAAAUUCCAUCACUUGAGUGAACAAGCCGGUGGUCAAGCUACUGUUGGUGAUACCGUUGCUAAUCAAAGGUUGCAAAUGAUUAAUUUACAAAUCGAUCCUAAUGAUGGUAGAAUCAUCAUUGAUGUUGGUAAAAAUAAUGGUGGUUCAGUUGAAUCUUCCAAUACUUCUGCUACUGCUGCACCUGUUGUCUCAAACUCAAAACCUGUUGCAAAAAAACAAUCUGCAGCUAAACCAAAACCUAAACCAUUUUCAAUUCCUGCUAAGGAAUUCACUGCUGAAGAAGUUGCCAAACAUAAUAAACCCGAUGAUUGUUGGUGUAUCAUUAAAAACGUUGUUGUUGAUUUGACCUCAUUUUUGGGUGAUCACCCUGGUGGUAAAGAAUCAAUUGUGAACUUUGCUGGAAGAGACGCUACAGAAAGUUUUGCGAUGUUGCACGAUGACGAUUUUAUUCCAAAAUAUGUUUCUCAUUGUGUUUUGGGCAGAUUAAAGGGUAAAACUCCAGAAUUACAAAUAUAA